AUGCUGACACAAGCCACCAAGCUCGCCUCGAAGGCUCGCAUUAUUAUUCAUCACAGUCCAAGCAAUGUCGGAGUCCAUGUAUCAUCGGCAUCGUUCAUACUAAAUAAUCAUCUCAUCUGCAAGAAGAAGAAUUAUUCAACAACAACCAAUCAUUUGCAACAACAAUCAUCAGAUCCAUCAUCAACACCAAAAAUUGAUAAAAGCGGAUUGAUUUGGAGAGAUGUAAAUGAACUGGAAGAUGAAUUCGCAGUGAAGAGUAUGAUUCGGGUGGAUCAUGCCGGUGAAUUGGGUGCAGUUACAAUUUGUAAUGCACAAAAAGUGGUUCUGGGAGAAGAUCCGAUUGUGAAUGAAAUUUUGGGCCAAGAGGUGGAUCAUUUUGCUACCUUUGAUAGAAUGAUUAUUGAGAGAAGAGUGAGACCAACAAUUUUCCGUUCGAUUUGGCAACCAGCUGGAGUCAUGCUAGGCAUUGGAACAGCAUUGUUAGGAAGAAAUACAGCCAUGGCAUGCCAUGAAGCAAUUGAAAACACAAUAUUCGAUCACUACAAUGAACAAUUAAGAGAUAUCUAUGAAAUGUCUGUCAACAAAUCUCAAGAACAAGGCAUGCCAGAAGAGAAGACUUCAACAUCUCAAACCAAUGCUUCAGAUUCUGAUAUUGAAACAGACACAGAAUACUUCUUCAAAUCUGAGCAUCAAAAACAAGAAAUUCAAGAAAAAGAGCUUCGAGAAAUUAUCAAGCAAUACAGAGAUGAAGAAUUACAUCAUCAUGACAUUGCAAGAGAUGCCAACACUGAUAGAAACAGUUUAUUGUAUAAGGCAGCCUACGGGUUUAUUUCAACUGGAUGCUCACUUGUAAUUGCUUUGACAAAGAGACUCUAA